AUGAAUGCCUCCACUCCGCUCAAGCGGUCCUCGACGGAGGCCGGCCUCGAUUCGCCUCGUGAGUCCAGUCGUCCGGGAGAAUCGAGACCGACAGCCCCCAAGAUAUCCAAGGCCCGAGCCUGCGCAGAAUGUAAGCGACACAAGAUUCGCUGCGAGUUCCGGCCGGGCGAGAAUAACUGCAUCAAAUGUAUCCGCAGCGGUAUCAAGUGCGUGGUGAACGACUUUUCGCAGAAAUUCGUCGACGACGAUGGAGUAUGGAAAUCUCAGGCGGCCUCCACCAUGCAGCAACUGCAGUCUGCGGUGUCCCAGCUCUUGCGACAAGCAGGACUGCCAGAACUCUCGACCUUUGCCGGCGGGGACAGCGGUAACGGACCCAGCCCAGCCGCCUCACACCAUGGCCAUCGUCCAUCCGCUGAUGCAUCGCAAUCGCAUCACAGUCACCAUGAAGGUCCGGGGGUCGUGAUGGAUGUCACCCGGGAACCAUCCCAGGAACCGGAUCUCCAAGACCCAGAACUAGUACCGGCGCCCAUGCGCAGUUUAUACGAGGUCACGAAGUUGCGCAACCUACGAAAUAAUCAUAUCGAAGCACCUAAGAAGACCCUGCUGGAAGAAGAUUUCAUUACUCGAGGACUGAUCUCGGUCCACGAGGCGGAGGAACUGUUUGCCUACUUUAGUCGCACAAUGAACCAGCUACUGUGGGGUGGGAUCAUUUUGGUGCACCGCGAUCUGACAUCCGUCCGUCGCGCCUCGACCCUUCUCUCCGCCGCGGUCUUGACUGUUGCGGCUCUGCAUAUACCGAAUCGGACUGACACGUUGAACCGAUGCUAUCAUGAGUAUGUGUCGCUGGUGUCCAGUAUGGCUCUCACGCGAGCGCACACGCUGGACGAUAUUCGUGGCCUGUGCGUUGGUGCUUUCUGGCUAUCCGAGCUCAGCUGGAAGCUCUCUGGGCAUGCGGUGCGGAUUGCGACCGAGUUGGGUCUGCACCAGAGCUACCAGCGUCUGACCCGUGGGCACGCCGAUCAGUACGAGCGCGCACAACUAUGGUACCUGCUGUAUGUGUGCGACCAUCACUUCAGUAUAGCGUACGGGCGGCCGCCCGUCAUCCACGAGGAUGUGGCAAUUCGUAAUUACGAGACGUUCCUCGAGUUACCCAUGGUGGUUCCAGGAGACAUUCGGCUUCUCGCGCAGGUCGCGUUGUUCAUGAUCUUGACCGAGGCAUACCGCAUGUUCGGGAGCGACACCGAGCACGCGUUGACGGAGGAAGAUUUUGGACAAUUACGGGUAUAUAAUGUCGCGGUGGAUCAAUGGCGGCUUCUUUGGCAGCCUCGUUCUGCCGACAGUUCAUACGUGCGAACCUAUCCCUCCAAGGGAGUAGUCCUGCACUACCAUUUCGCCAAGUUCCAGCUCAAUUCGUUGUCGCUCCGUGCGCUUUCCCCAUCUAAUGCCCCGGUCUUCUCCAUGGACCGCAAGGAGUCGGCCAACAUUGCCAUUUCGUCGGCCAUGGCAUGCUUGAACAUGGUUCUCGAGGAGCCCGAUAUCCGUGACGCGAUCGUCGGCGUCCCCAUUUUCACCCAUACCAUGGUGACCUUCUCCGCAGUCUUCCUGCUCAAGGUCGCCAUCAACUGGAACACCGCAUAUUUGAGCAUCAACGCGGGCGAAGUGCGGCGGCUUGUCGAGCGCGUCAUUGAGCUGAUGAACUGCGUUUCGGCCGGCGAGCGACACUUAACUCGACACAUUGCACGUGGGUUGGGCAAAAUGCUGGGGCGCUUCGACUCGUGGGAGGCUGCAUGGCAAGUGGGCGCAAACAAUAACGGCAGCGCGGUCGACAUGCCUGGGGGCACGAAUGCGAUGGCGCAGGGGUUCCCUCCGCCUGAUCUGAUCUACGACAUGGUCGGCACGUAUGGAUUUGGGCUCGACGAGAACCUGCUGGACCCGAGUAUGGCGAACUUUGAGUUCUUGGCG